AUUUGUACCUCUAUAAAAGCAGAUCUAUGCAACUAUAUGCCUCACUAAAAAAGAGCCUUUCACCAUUUUUUCACACUCAAAAAAACUAAUCAAAUCAAUUCACUAAACACCCGUGUUACACUCGGGAUUCUCUCCCUCUCCCUAACAAACAUUCAUAAUCAAGAUCUUGUUUAAUCCCACCUAACCCUUAAUCUUGUUCAAAAAUGGAGAAAAAGAUUCUUGAUUAUACGUUGGUUCCGUUUGGUUUAGCCAUAAUGGUCGCUUAUCAUAUAUGGCUUCUCCACCGUAUUUUUCAUAAACCCUCCAAGACUGUCAUCGGCGUCAACACCAUCAAUCGCCGUUUCUGGGUCCGCGCUAUGAUGGAGGAUCCAUCGAAAAAUGGAGUUCUAGCAGUACAGACAAUGCGUAACAACAUAAUGGCGUCGACUCUUUUAGCGUCGACAGCGAUUAUGCUCAGCUCGCUUAUAGCAGUUUUAAUGACGAGCGGAACAAAUAAUCGAUCGACAUGGAAUUUUGUUUACGGCGACGACAGUGAAUUAGGGUUAUCGAUUAAGUUUUUUAGUAUAUUGGUUUGUUUCUUGGUUGCGUUCUUGUUUAAUGUGCAGUCGAUUCGGUAUUAUAGCCAUGCGAGUAUUCUUAUAAAUGUUCCGUUCAAGAAAAUGUCUCCACAGCCGCAUCACGAACAUCUGACGACGGAGUAUGUGUCGAGGUCUGUGAAUCGGGGGAGCUAUUUUUGGUCGUUAGGGUUACGUGCUUUUUACUUCUCGUUCCCAUUGUUUUUGUGGAUUUUCGGUCCGAUUCCGAUGUUCGUGUGUUGUGUGGUGCUCGUUUCGAUGCUUUAUUUUCUUGAUGUUACGUUUGAAUGUGGAUGGGCGGCUGGGAUUUCAGAUUGUGAUGACGAAGAAUUUAUCGUCGCCCCAAAUCCAGUUUAGCGGAUUUUAUAUUGCACGAAAACUUAUCGAGUAUCUGCGAAUUGUUUUCAUUUUCGGAGGUAUCUUGAAAAUGUCAAGAUUUUAGUGCAUAACAGAAUAGGUCUGACUUUGUAGAGUUCAAUGCAAAAGUUGAAUUGAAGAUGAAUUGUGCAUGCAUUGCACUUGUGAUUCUGUGACUCUGUUGGUCCCAAUGGUGUACGCAACUUAUAAUACAUGAAAUAAAUGGAGAUUUUAUUAGUAGAAA